AUGAGGGCUUCGCCGUCGCCGUCGCUCGCCGGUCCACCGCGUCACCUCGACGCCCGCCGCCCGCGCAGUGCCCAGACGCAGACGGUGGCCGUGAAUCUGGUUGAGACUCCGAGCCAGCAAGGUACUCAUCACUUUCAGCUCCAUGUGAGCGAGUGUGUUGAGACCAAGACCGUCACCACCACCACUCGCCUCACGCGAAAGUUCCCCCAGGUCUUCGUACGCGAUCCUACGCCCUUGUCCACCCUCGACGCCAGAGAAUACCCUCUAGCUAGGAAGCCCACGCCUCCCGAAUUGUCUGGCUUCUCCUUGAUAAAUCCUGGCCGUGUCGAUGAUAUGCAGUUCCUCAAACAAGAGGACCCAGAAGAAGCAGAAGAACACGAGCAUGUCAAGCACGAGGUCGACGACGACCCCCUGAUGCCAGCCAACCAUAUUGCCGUACGCAAAUCGACAGCCCGCGGCAAUACAGAUAGCAGUGUUGAUGUACUAACUCGUCGCUCUCAUCAGUUUCCUCAUCGGCUCAGUACAGGACGUACACGUCCCACUUCGGAGCCUCAGCCUCUGGCACCCCAGCCGACAAACGCCCUCCGCCGCUCCAGCCGACAUUCCUCCAUCUCCCCUAGCGAGCCUCUCGCUCGCCGCACCAGACAGUCUAGCCGACCAUCUCUCGCCGAUUCCUCAACCUCCGUGCCGCAAGAUACGAAACCGCCUACCGCUCGCCAAACUCGAUCUUCCCGCUCACAAUCUUUAUCCAACCGUCUGCGUCGAUCUGUUGCCCAGCCACAGCCGAGCAGCAGUGGGCGGCAGCCUGGUGAUGGCUCUCGUGUGGACGGGAGUGCUGGGUUUUUGGCCACCCCGGGUACCUCCAGCAUCUUGGGAUCGUCACAAUCACGGGCUGCUAAAGGGAAGGCCCGUCAGUUGGACAUAGUGCAAGAUUCGCGGGAGACGACGCCCACGACCCAGCUCCAGUACGAUGCUGGCAGCCCGGCAGGAAGCGAAGCUCACACAAUCUUUAGCAGUAACGUGGCGACACCUCCAAUAACUGAUGCCGACGCUGAGCCCUUUGGCGAUACCGAUGAAUCGCUUCAACGAUCGAUCCGCCUACACCAACGGCCCUCAAUUGACAUUCCGACAGCUCAGGAUGCUAGCCUGCCGAGCCCUCGCCUCUCGCCCACUCUGGCUGCUGGGACGCUGCCACGGACAGGCGACGCUAUCAACGACGAUGAAGAGUCUUCGUUCGAUGCUUCCAACCAUUCGGCCUGGCCUGCUACUCAAUCAACCGACGACGUGGGUUCCAUGGAACUGGCGCCCAUGGGCUAUAGACACGAGGACUCGCGCGAAUUGAGUCGAGCGCGCCAGCCUUUCCUUGCUGAUACGCAGACCUUACUUGAGGCUUUUGACUCGAUGAAGACAGAGAUGAAGACGUUCAUGAUGUAUCAGUUCCUGCGGCGCUGCCCUCGCGCGACACUUCGGGUUAUUGCUGAUGCAGUGAACCCUGCUCUCAAGUGCGAUUUUCUUAGGCAGCUACCUCUUGAACUGGGUUACCACAUCCUCGCCUAUCUUGAUUUUCGCGAUCUCUGCCGGGCUGCUCAGGUCUCCAAGCACUGGCGGAACAUGGUUGAUCGCAACGAAACCGGCUGGAAAGAAUUAUUUGAUAUGGAUGGCUUUGCAUUACCGCCAGGCGAACUCACCAAGGCAAUAACACAAGGAUGGGGCUGGCAAGAUCCGGUUGGCCCAACUGGUCACGAGCGUGAUCUAAGCAUGCACAGUCGUCUCGUUGCCUCUUCGAGGGACCUCGUCCGUUCUGUCAAGAAUGAGCAACUGUCCAAAACUCGAAGCGCAAAGCGAAAGCGAGGCAUCAGCGCGUAUAGCGUGACUGAACGAUCAAAGCGCCGUGCCUUUCCGAACGAAGCAAUUGUCUCUCGACAUGAUGGAGAAGAGAGGGAACCGAAGCAGCACAAGUCCGAAGGCCCCAUAUCUGCUGCCAACGCUGCCGCUUUAGCUGUGCCUGACCCGCAGCUUGGGUUACCCAGCCUUCGACAGCUACAUCUCUACAAGUCCCUCUACCGCCGCCACCACAUGAUUCGGCAAAGUUGGACAAGUGGGAAAGUCAAGCCUAGACAUGUGGCGUUUGGGGCACAUAUAAGACAUGUCAUUACCUGUCUGCAAUUUGACGAGGACAAAAUCAUUACCGGAAGCGAUGACACGUUAAUUCACAUAUAUGACACCCGUACGGGCAAGCUACUGAAGAAGCUCGAGGGGCACGAAGGCGGUGUCUGGGCUUUACAGUACGAGGGCAAUAUUCUGGUAUCUGGGUCGACAGAUCGAUCGGUUCGAGUAUGGGACAUUGAGCGAGGGUUGUGCCAGCAGGUAUUCUACGGGCAUACUAGCACGGUUCGCUGCCUGCAAAUCCUCAUGCCUGCAGAGACGGGCCGUACCCAUGAUGGUAAACCCAUUAUGCAGCCAGAGAAGCCCUUGAUAAUCACAGGAUCCAGAGACAGCCAGCUCCGCGUCUGGCGUCUACCCGAAGUUGGCUCUAGGCGCUACAUUCAGACGGGACCGCCGGCACAUGAAUCUGACUGCCCAUAUUUUAUCCGAGUUCUCAUCGGCCACACUCACUCAGUGCGUGCUAUUGCCGCACACGGAGACACGCUCGUCUCUGGUUCCUAUGACAGCACUGUUCGAGUAUGGCGCAUCAGCACCGGCGAAGCUGUGCAUGUCCUCCACGGUCAUGCUCAAAAAGUUUAUUCCGUUGUAUUGGACCACGAACGCAACCGAUGCAUCUCGGGCUCGAUGGACUCGUAUGUCAAGAUCUGGGAUCUGGAUACUGGCGCUUGCUUGCAAACGUUGGAAGGCCACAAUAUGCUUGUCGGUCUCCUAGAUUUGCGCGACGAGCGCCUUGUAUCCGCAGCCGCAGACUCGACAUUGCGCAUCUGGGAUCCCGAAACCGGUAAAUGCAAGCACACGUUGAUGGCUCAUACAGGAGCUAUCACCUGUUUUCAGCAUGACGGCCGCAAGGUCAUCAGUGGCAGCGAAAAGACUGUCAAGAUGUGGGAUAUACGCAGUGGGGAAUGGGUUCAGGACUUGCUCACCGAUUUGCGCGGUGUUUGGCAGGUUAAAUUUGACGAGCGACGAUGUGUCGCGGCUGUCCAACGCGGUGAUCUAACAUAUGUUGAGAUCCUUGACUUUGGCGCUGUUCGUGACGGCGUCCCGCCUGAGGAGCUCGGUACGCGGAAACUCCUUAACGAGACAGAGAUUAGAGCGAUGCUUGAAGAAGAACCGUAG